AGUUUUUUUCCACAUGGACAGUGUGGCGCUUGACGGCAGCCUCAAUCCUUGAUGCCCUGCUUCAUCCGAUAACCUUACAUACUGAGCUUCAUGCCGUUAAUCUAACGCAUACACGUACAGUUGAUACCUCUGGGAUCUUACCGGCGCCGAAAUCCUUAAGGCUGUCAAAUUUGGCUUGGUUGCCGUUUUCUGGUAUCUUCUUUCUAUACACGUCUUUGACUUUGAGAAGAAACGAAGCCGAGUUUUCCUGUCUCGAAACAUCAACCUGCACAAAACCAAAUCCGUUGCAGACGUGGCUGUGAUUGCAGCGACGAAUUGCCACAUUGAGUGAUCGCAAGGCUUGUUCAUUGGAGGCUAUCGCCAGUAUCACUGGUCCAAGUCUUGGCUGUGAAAGAUCUUAUAUCACCAGGCAUUUGCAUGAGAGUCAUUAAGGUUUAGACAUACAACCAACUGCCCCCCCCCCCCCCCCCCCCCACAGCCUCUCUGUAUCGGCCAAGAAUAUCACCUCCGAGUGCAUAUCCGGCAGCACCAGACCGGCCAGCGAUCACCAUAAUUUUUUCGAUCUCGAGAUCCAUUCUUUGUUGUUGCCAUCGCUUUUAUGCACCGGCAACUCUAAUCUCAUCUUGGCUGUUUCAGAAGGUCAACACUGCUGGCACUUGAGCUGUCUGGCUCUUUCCUCCAGAACAACUGCAUCUAAUAGCCACUUCUGACGGCGGUCUUGUCCACUCGGGUCCGAUACGGCCGGGCUUCUCCAAGUGUUUGUUGGAAAGUAGUCAGCCAUCCCUGCAGUUGCACGCCCUACCCUUCCCUUGCGGGUUUCAGGUCGGUAGAUCACCAGCAUAGUCAUUCCGACCAAAGAAGAGAACGCAGGAACACAUCAGACGAUCCGUUCUUCCUCCCAACCGGCGCCGUCCUUGGUCCAUCCCGGCCCCGACUCUGACUAGGUCCGCGCGAUCUAAAAGCACGGGAUCGGCGAGUUGCAAAACGGGCCUCCCCUGGACUUAAUCUUGGUGGCUCGGUCAAACGCAACGCAAAUCGCCCAGACAAGCACGUGGAGAUAACAGCUGCCUUGUGAAACCCGGCAUCUCUUCCGCGUGAGGCUCGGUCUCAGCCUCGUCUUUACGACUUUACAGUUCUGACCACCAGCCUCGACGAACCAUGGGUCUGUUGCGGCUAUACGUCUGGGGCCCAGCGUUUGGGCUCCCGUCAUUGGAUGCCGAGUGCCUAGCCGUCAUUGCAUAUUUUCAGCAGAACGUGAGACCAGGCGACUAUGAGAUUGUUGCCAGCAGUCCCUCGGCUGUGCCCACCAGCCACCUCCCUGCUCUUCACGACACAAUUACAAACGAAUGGGCAGCAAGCUACCAGGGCAUUCUAGACAUGCUCACCAGCCACCCCAGCAGCAAAACCCAGAAUUCCUCUCCCGAUCCCUCGGCCGCAGCCCGAAUCGCACACUUGACCGCACAGGCAUCCCCCCUUCUCGCACUGUCGCUUUACGUCUCAUCAGCCAACUACGCCGCCACAACACGUCCCGCCCUGUCCUCCGUGCUCCCCUUCCCCCUCGGCUGGACUGAAGCCCCCGCCCGCCGCCGCCUCAUGGCCCGGCGCGCCGACCACCUGGGCCUCUCGGAUCUCGACACCGACGCGGACCCGGAUGACCCGCAGAACCUCAGCGUCGCCGACAGCACGCGCAAGUCCUUCAUCCCUGCGCGACUCCAGCCCCGCGCCACCAAAACCAUCUCGUCAGCCCUGACCCCGGAAGCCAAGGCCCGCUUCCGUCUCGACGCUGCUGCCGCCGCCGUUCUUGACGUAGUGGCCGCGGCGCCGCCCACAGCGGCCUCGCCACCCUCCGCCUACGACUGCCUCGCCUUUGGCUACCUGGCCUUGAUGACGGUCCCGGACCUCCCGCGCCCUUUCCUCGAGGAGUUUGUCAACGCCCGUCACCCUGCCCUGCGCGACUUUGUGACUGACGCUCGAAUCGCAUGGUUCUCGUCGCCAUCACCGUCAUCACUCCCCUGGUCGUCAGACCGGACGCUGACUGCCGACUCGCCGCUUUGCGUGGCCUCGCGCCUUGCCGCGGGCUGCGUCGCGGCGCUUCCCGGUGGCAUGGGCACGGCAUGGUCGGCCUGGGCGCACGGGCGGCGGAGUGGACGGCUGGCGGGCCGGACGACGGGCCGGCGCGGCAGCAUGGAGCACGGCGAGGUCGUAUGGACGCUGGGCUUGGGCGUACUGUCGGCGUCGGUCGUCGCGACCGCUGUGAUGCUGUUGCAGGACGUCGUGACCACGCAUAGGUUCGGUGCCCCGCUGCAGGUAUUUGAGAGGGUGCGGAGAGUUGGGGGUCUAUGGGCUGUAGGUUCUGCCGGUGCGGUUCUGGGCGGCGCCGGUAGGCAAUUGGGUGCUGGGCAGUUUGCGAGGUAGAGAACUCCUCAGGUCCUGGCGCGAACAUGUGUUGUGGAUCAUGUUUGGGGAAAACGCCCAAAACACGCAUGCAUGCCAAAAAGGGAAAAAAAAGAAACAUGGAGCAAGUAGCAAGGCAUACUUGAUGUUGUUCUUUAAGAUAGUUUAGUGUAAUAUCUGUACAAUUCAUCUUCUCUCAAAACAUUAGCUGUCGAAUCAUUUAUCCGACAGCCUUUCCCGCCA